AAUUACUAUCGACGUCGCCAUUGUGAAUAUAGAAAAUAUAUCCCAUCAUACCUGAAACGAAAGCGAAAUAACUGCCUUAACUACGGGUUGCUUCGUCACGUUCUCUGUCCACAGGUUCUUGCGUAGGUAGAAAUGUCUACUGAGGAUUUCAGUCUUAUGGAUGGUCAGUCUUUGGGACGUCUGGACCAUGUACUGAGGGAGAUCAACAAAUACAAGACACAGCAUAAAGCAUUGUUGGCAGAACAAAAAAUACUGAGAGAUGGCAUAGAUAACAACAACAACUUUGCCAAACAAUUUAAAAAACGUUCUGAGGAGAGGAAAGCAUCAAUUGAGGAUGAAAAAAAGAAACGUACUAUGAUAAUUCAGAAAGAGAAGGAGAAAUGCAGAGCUGUACAGGACGAGAACACCAAGCUGCAGGUGGAGAUCCUGAAAGUGAAGGAGGAAUUGCAUAACCUGGACCAAAGAAACACAAGUCUGAAAAAGCAAACUGAGAUCUCUACAGCAGUGCCUGAGAGGAGGGUUGUGUUUCGAGGAAAUACAAAAGAGGGAGCGCAUGCUGUGAGUUUUGAUGUGAAUCCCCGUAUAGUUUAUCCAAUGGAGGGUGGAACAGCACUGAUCACCUUUGAGGAAAAGGAUGUGGCUCAGAAAAUCUUGAACCUAAAGGAUCAUUUGGUGCAACUUGGGGACUGUACCAUCACCGUGCAGGCUAAACCCAUUCAGUUCCUGGUACCCAGUUAUGUUGAGAUGGAAACACAGGUGUGCCCACGCAGAAUCCUAGUCUCCAACCUGCCAAAGGAAGAACCUGAAGAUAGAGUACUAGACAAACUAGACAUCCAUUUCUCUAAGAAGAAGAAUGGAGGCGGCGAGGUGGAGGACAGAGACAUGCUACAUGACUCUGGCACUGUGGUCAUUACCUUUGUAGAUGAUAAUAUCGCCAAAUGUCUCUCCGACAAACAAGAUCAUGAGGUAGACUUUGGUAAGAAGUACAAGGUGAAGGUCACUCCAUUCCUCAAUGGCGAGAUUUCACAAAUGAAGAUCUGUAACUCAGUGUGCACGCGCACAGUGCUGCUGACGGGCAUCCCUGACAUCAUGGACAAAGAUAACCUGCAGGACAACCUGGAGAUCCACUUCCAGAAGACGGCCAAUGGUGGCGGAGAGGGGGAAGGCAUCAUGUACAACCCUCCAGGCCACACCACCCUGGCUUUGUUUGAUGAGGACUCUCCUAAAGACAGCUAGAGCGUGUGAGAACUCUAAAAAACCUCUACAGCCCAGAAAUUGAACACUGCCUUUAGACAACAAAACAGAUCAUUAAUUCAUAAUACUCUAUAGAACUCCUGAUUUGGGUCUAUUUUUCAGAAAGUUAUAUAGUAUGGAUCCCUUCACCUCUUAUUUACAGUAAUCUUGACCUCUUUACCUAUUAUAAUAUAAUAUAAUAUAUACCUAUAGAAUAUACGUUAUAUAGUAAUAUACUUAAUUAAUGGAUACACUUAGUUGUAUUUCUUGUCUUUUGAUGAUGAAAGAUCCGGUCAAAUUGGGUUAUGGCUUAUGGAGAACAAAGUCUUUAAUAAAUGCUAACCAAAACUA